UUCACGAACUUCUAAUCUUCCCAGUCAAUCAGAUUGGUACUAGGGUUUCUUAUUCAACCUUCGAACCUUAUCGACGGGCUUCAAUUUGUGGGGUUCGAUUUUCGAAUCUCUCGGGGUUCUUCUGUAAUCGCUAAACGUGACAGAAUAUGUACUCGUCUAGAGGCAGUGGUAACUACGGACAGCAGUCCUCAUCAUAUGCUGCGCAGACUGGAUAUGGCCAAAAUUUGGGAAGUGUCUACCCGGGGAAUUCUGUUGGGGGACCCGACUCUCAACAACACUCCAUGGCAUCUAGGCACUCCUCAAUGUUGGGAGCAUCACAGGAAGCUGAUACUGCUGCAUACAGGCCACAUUCAUCGAGCACCACUCAUUAUGGAGGACAGUAUGGUUCUGUGUAUAGCUCAGGUGCAUUGAGUGGCAAACCACAGGGCCCUCCACUGAGUGCCAAAGGGAAUGGUAUUCCAUCUGCUCUGGAAGGUCGGGGAAGCUAUGCCUCAGCCAUUCCUGAUUCCCCCAAGUAUCUGUCAAGUGACUAUAUAUCAUCUUCAAACCAUGGCUAUGGUCAUAGAACUGGUCAGUUGUUCACUGAAAAGGUCACUGAAUAUCCUACUCUGGAAAGGCGGCAAUAUAGUGAGCAUCAGAGUGCUUAUUUAGGGAGGGAUUUGAAAACUGAUGCAGCUGGACGAUUUUCUGAAUCUGUUGGUUUUGGGCAUCAACGUCAUGCCGACUCGUAUGACCGUGUUGAUCAGAUGUCCCUGCUUCGUCAAGAGCAGUUACUAAAAUCUCAAUCUCUGCAAUCAGAUGCCCUUGAUGGGAGCUCAAGACAAAAUGAUUAUCUUUCAGCAAAAGCUGCUGCUAGUCUUCAUUCCACUCAAGAGUUUCUCUCUUACGGAGUAAGAGUAGAUGCUGAUCCUCGCAACGUGUCGGUGCUCAAUUCUUCUUAUAGUGGUCAACAUUCGACGUCAAUUUUAGGGGCUGCUCCACGGAGAAAUGUGGAUGAACUUAUCUACUCCCAAAGUUCAUCAAAUCCAGGUUAUGGAGUGAGCUUGCCACCAGGUAGAGACUAUGCUGCAGGGAAAGGGCUUCAUGGAACUUCUCUCGAGUCAGAUUAUUCAGGUAGUAUGUUGACUCAUAGUAGCCAUCCAAGGAUUGAUGAACACAAAGAUGAUAGAGCUGGUUAUCUUCGGGAAUUUGAGCUUAGAGAGGAGGAGCGUCGGAGGGACCGUUUUCGCAUGAGAGAGAAAGAAAAAGAAAGGGAGAAGGCACGAGAAAAAGAACGCGAGCGAGAACGAGAACGAGAAAGAGAACGGGAACGAGAACGGCGAGAACGUGAACGAGAAAGAGAGAGAGAACGAGAAAGAGAGCGGGAAAGAGAACGGGAAAGAGAGCGCAUCUUGGAGAGACAGAAAGAAAGAGACAGAGAAUUCAAACGUGGGCUCGAAGCUAGGCGUAUAAGCACUCCACCAAGACUUUCUAAAGACAGGCGUGGUUCCUCUUUGGCAAAGGAGGGAAGAUCGUUACACCGAGAUUCUCCACAUUAUGAAGCCUUGCAUAGGCAUCACUCACCCGUUAAAGAAAAAAGGAGAGAAUAUGUCUGCAAGGUGUGCCCGCACAGUUUAGUUGACAUACAACGGGAUUAUUUGUCAUUGGAAAAGCGAUAUCCUCGACUCUUUGUAUCCCCAGAGUUUACAAAGGUUAUUGUGAAUUGGCCAAAGGAGAAACUUGACCUUUCCAUCCAUACUCCUGUCAGUUUUGAGCAUGACUUUAUUGAUGAAGGGAUCGUAUUUGGCUCAAAAGAGCUUUCCAAUGAGCUUAAGGCUGGAGAACUUGAGAAAUCAGAUCAUGUGAAUAUAGUAUGGAAUGUGAAGAUUAUUUUGAUGAGUGGUAUCAGUAAAAAUGCUCUUGAGGAGUUGUCAUCUGAGAGAAGUUCAGACGACCGUGUAGCCCACUUUUGCAAUAUCCUUAGGUUUGCAAUUCUUAAGAAAGGCCGGAGUUUCAUGGCAAUUGGUGGUCCAUGGCAAUCAUCUGAUGGUGGUGAUCCUUCAGUUGAUGAUGGUGCUUUAGUUCAAACAGCCCUUAGGUAUGCGAAGGAUGUUACACAACUAGACUUGCAAAACUGCCACCACUGGAAUCGUUUCUUAGAGAUACACUAUGAUAGAUAUGGAAAGGAUGGGGUAUUGAGCCAUAAAGAAGUCUCUGUAUUAUUUGUUCCAGAUUUAUCUGAUUGUCUCCCUUCAUUAAAUGUGUGGAAGGAACAAUGGCUUGCGCAUAAAAAGGCUGUUGUUGAGAGAGAGCGCCAGAUUGCACUGAAAAAGGAGAUAUCCAAGGAGACAAAGGAAGGCAUGGAAGUCAAAGAAACAGAAUCAACAAAAGAUACUAAAAGUGUCAGCAAGUCUGAAAAAAAGGAAAAGAGUGACAAAGAUGACAAAGGGAAUACGUCUGAGGGAAGGGGUAAUGGAAGUAGCACAAAACUUGAAAGCAAGGAUGAGGAUGAAAGAGGCAAGGAAGCUCAGAAUGUUGAGAAACCAGAUCAAGAAGAAGUUGAUGGUGGUACUCAGAAAAGUGGCACUGUGAAAUCUGGAAAAAAGAAGAUUGUCAAGAAGAUAGUUAAACAAAAGGCCAAAGCGGUUGGUGAUGCAGCCAACAAGAAAAAUGACAAACUGGAUGAAAAGGUUGAUGGAGAGAAGAAUUCUGACAUUCCUCCGGAUCCACCUUCAAAUGAUUCUGCUGGUGUUAAGACAUUUGCAAGGAAAAAAGUAAUUAGACGUGUGGCAAAAAGUGAUCAGAAUGAAAAAAAUAAAGAUGUACUUCCAAAAGAAGAGAAUGAAAUGGAUUGCUCUGUGGAUAAGUCUAAGGACAAUUCAGAUGUCAAUGCAACAGCUACCCAAGAUACUGUUGUGAAAACAACUGUGAAAAAGAAAGUAAUUAAGAGGGUACCUAAAAAAAAGGUUCCUGCAGUGGUUUCUAGCGAGGAAGCUUCGAGAAAAGGUGAUGGGCAUGAGAAGAAGGUUACAGCAGAUGAAACACUCAAUGUGGAGAAUCCCACUACAGAUGAUAAACAAGAAAAAAAUAUUCCUAAAUCAAAGUCGACAUCUUCUCCUACUACAUUGAAACUGCAUGAUUCUGUAAAUUUGAAGAAGACUGAGAAAGAGGAAAUGAUGAAUGAAAAUGAAGCUGGCAAGGAAUUCAGUCCUACAACCAUUUCGAUUGACAAACAAAAAGCUGGUGAGAAGGAUAGUAGUAAUGGAAAGAGAGAAAAAUCUAGAGAUGGUGAACAAUCAAAAGAGGAGAAGGAGAAAAUGAGUAAAGAUGCGUCUAAAAGCAAACCAAACAAAGAAGUAAAAGAAAAGAGAAAGUCCGAAGAACCUCCUCGACAUCCUGGGUUGAUUCUACGAACUAAAGGGAGCAAGGAUUCCAAAUUUCGGUCAUUGUCGCUUUCUCUUGACUCACUCUUGGAGUAUACAGACAAAGACAUUGAAGAAUCGACAUUUGAGCUUUCACUAUUUGCUGAAUCACUGAAUGAAAUGCUUCAGUAUCAGAUGGGAAGCCGAAUUUUAACUUUCCUCCAGAAAUUGCGUGUCAAGUUUGUGGCAAAGAGAAAUCAACGAAAGCGGCCGCGGGAGGAAUUACACAAGGAAGACAAAAAAAAAUCAUCACCAAAACGGUCAAAGACUAUUGACGUUCCUAAAUCUCUCGAUCCGGAAACAUCAGGUGCAUCUCAAGUGGAUGCCGUAACACCUGCAGUGGAGGGGAACAACUCAGCUGGUCAUGUUGAUGAGAUGAAGAUGGAAACUGAAACAGAUUACGAGCCUGAAGAAGAUCCUGAAGAAGAUCCUGAAGAAGACCCUGAAGAAGAUCCUGAAGAAUGCGAGGAACUGGAGGACGCGAGUUCUCAACACAAUUCAUCUAAUGAGAACGACGUGGAUGCUAUGGUUGAAAACAAUGAAGAGAAUGCUACAACGGGAGCCAAUGAAGAGACUGAAUUGAACGAAGAGGGGAAGACAGCAUCAAAUAAAGAGCCUGAAAAUGUUGCACCAAAUCAACCUGACGAUCCCAAAGGGUCCGAACUGGAGAGCCUCAGCAAGAAAACGACGGAGUCUGUUGAAAAAGGGACAGACAACGAGAUGAAAAAGAAAGAGGCUUCACCUCCCAAGGAGGCAGUGGUAGACAAGGAGCUACUGCAGGCUUUUCGGUUCUUCGAUCGAAACUUAGUUGGCUAUAUUCGGGUUGAAGAUAUGAGAAUGAUGAUCCACAGCAUGGGGAAGUUCCUUUCUCACAGGGAUGUAAAGGAACUCGUUCACAGUGCAUUGUUGGAGUCGAACACUGGAAGGGAUGAUCGGAUCCUGUAUGGCAAACUUGUACGAAUGUCUGACCUUUGAAAUUGUAGUGUAUGGACCUCUGACUCACCCUUUUUUUUUUUUUCUUUUUUUUCUUUUUUUUUUUUACGUUUCUUUGUUAGUUUUUUGCCCGACUGAUUGUUUGAAGAACUGGGCAGUUUUGAAUGUUUCCAUGUUCAUACCUCAGAAUUUUAGGCAUUACUAGAAGAUUGUAAUACAAAAAUAAUUGCAGCUUACCAUAAAUUUGUUCAAUUAUUACUCUUUUUAUA